AUGUCAGUCCAAGCGAUAUCCAACAAGUUUGAGUUGGAAGCCUUGGUAGUCCAGCUUAAGAACAAACUCGAAAUCAGAGACCGAGCUGAUCGACAACAGCAUGAAAGACCAGAACUACCCCAAGAGAUUAAGCAAGAUUUGGAAGCCUAUUCGAUCGCAGAACUGGAAAAUAGUUUCAAGGUCUUCAGACACGAGAUCUCACAAAAUAUGACGGAGACGCGUGGACAAGGUCCGGAGGCAUCCAUAAAAUCUACCGGAGCAACCGAGAUUUAUGAAGACCUACAGUACAUCAUUGAAAGAGAAGACACGAGUAUCGACCCUCAAGAACUCAAGACGACUAUAGAAAAAGCUAGACGACUCGCCGUUUAUGGAAACGCAACAGGCAAACAACAGGAGCGAGAAGCACAAACCAGUAUUGCAAAGGCAUUCAGGUUACCAGCAAGUAUCCGAGCCUAUGAAGACGAAGAAUAUGCUAACAAGGACAUGGCAUUCGAUGCCGAGAUGGUCCAACGAAUCGAGAAGGCUCGACAAGAACAACAACUUAUCAGAGCAGCUAUCAACAAUAGAGGAGGAUACGGUCAUGGAGGAGGUCGAGGCCGAGCUUGUUUCGACAGGGCCAGCGGAUGGAAUAGCACCAGGGGGCCGUUUACUGGUAUUGGCAACAGAGAAUCAAACAUCCGUGGGCGGUUUCAGUAG